AUGGCGAACGCUACCUUGGAAGAUGUUCCCUCCGUCGAUCUCAUGACUGAGCUACUUCGUCGGCUUAAGUGUUCCUCCAAACCUGACAAGCGUCUUAUUCUCGUUGGCCCACCUGGAUCUGGAAAAGGCACCCAGUCGCCAAUCAUUAAGGAUGAGUACUGCCUAUGCCACUUAGCUACUGGUGAUAUGUUGAGAGCUGCUGUAGUAGCUAAGACCCCUCUUGGUAUUAAGGCGAAAGAAGCUAUGGAAAAGGGAGAACUUGUUUCUGAUGACUUGGUUGUUGGCAUUAUUGACGAAGCAAUUAAGAAACCAUCAUGUCAGAAAGGUUUCAUUCUUGAUGGUUUUCCAAGAACUGUGGUCCAAGCACAGAAGCUUGAUGAGAUGCUGGAAAAACAGGGUACUAAAAUUGACAAAGUGCUCAAUUUUGCGAUUGAUGAUGCAAUUCUCGAGGAGAGAAUUACUGGCCGCUGGAUACACCCUCCCAGUGGCAGAACCUACCAUACAAAGUUUGCUCCUCCCAAGACUCCUGGUGUUGAUGAUGUUACUGGUCAACCUCUUAUUCAGCGCAAGGAUGACACUGCAGCUGUUCUUAAGUCAAGACUGGAGGCAUUUCACAAGCAGACUGAACCGGUUAUUGAUUACUACUCAAAGAAGGGCGUUGUUGCUAGUCUCCAUGCUGAAAAACCUCCCAAAGAGGUGACUGUGGAGGUCGAGAAAGUGCUCUCGCAAUAG